AUGAACUCAUACGUAAAGCGCUACGUCGGGUCUGACCCAACGGUGCAGCAACUCGUUGGCUUCAAGCGACCAAGCGAAAGGCGCCUCGUGAUCGGCUGCGCGCUCACCGCGCUGGCCAUCUACUGGGCGGUGUACUUUAGCGAGGAGAAGGAGCGCAAUCGCCGUCACGCGUCCAUCGAGAAGGAUAUCGAGCGAGAGCGCUGGCGAGCGCGAGAGCUUGGCUUGGCGGCGCCGACUGAUGAUGGAUUUGCUGAACGCUACGCGGCAUUACAACACAAAAAUACGCGCCUGACAUCAAAGAGUUGA